AUGGAGGCGUGUCUGGGAGGGAAAUCUCUUCACCAGCUGCAGAAGGUGUGUGGUCUUCCCGGCCCAGACGGAAGCAUCCAAGCCUUCACACCGCACGAUGAAGAGGAGGGAUCUUAUUUUGGUGACGAUCCGACUACAGAAGAUCCGGGACCCUCGCUUAGCGGAGGUGGCAGCAGGAAGUGGACCGUGAUCGUGUACAUCAUGGCUGCGCUCGUUGGCAUCUUGGUGUCGUACGUGACUUCGGCGACCCUGAUCGUUCGGAAGGUGGAAGGUCUGUGGAGGUUGCCAUUCGGCGGGGGCGUCUUCGAAGCGCUGUGCGAGGGGGCGGCACAGUGCUGGCGUGGCUUCCGCCGCCGGUGCUGCUGCUGUUGCUCCUGCUGCUUCCGUGGGGACGAUGGUUCACCCGGAGAUGGUCAAAGGCCGGACUUCUCAGAGAGAAAGCUGUACGGGUACACAAGCGCGGCCGGGGAGGGGCGCCGCCUUAUCUUUCCCACCAGGGGCGACGCGGAAGAGACACGGCGAGGGAGGAGGGGGCGCAGCCGCGGCACCAGCCGUGGUGGUGGCGGCGGUGGUGAUGGCGGAGGCCCUCGCUCUUCUUCCCCGACGCGCCGCACGGCAAGCACGUUCUACGAGGACGAGGAGGCUUCAAGGCCGCGCGCCCGCAGCGAUAGCAGCGGCAGCGGCGGCGCCUCCGGCGAUUUCUACGACGGUGAGCGGCUCUUUGGUGCCGCUGGGGCGGGUUCGUCCGCGUCCGGGAGAGCUGGCGCUGGCGGCAGAAGAAGCAACGGUUACGGCGCAGCCGAUGGUCGAGGGGUAGCACCAUCGGCGGGCGGGGCGGGGCGGGAGCUCCUCCGGCCGGUUGGGACGGCGCGGAGAAAAAGAGGCGGUGGUGUUCAGAUUUUGCCAACCUCAGCGGUGGACGCGGCGGCCGCGGCGGCUAAGCUCGCGGAAGAAAUAGCGAACGACGACGAAGUGUAAAAAAAACUAAAGUUUU